AUGUUCCGCCGCGAAGUUUUCAUGCCAGGUGGCUGCCGUCGGGGCACCGCUGUGCACACCCUGUUCUCUGAGGGAAACGAUGGGCAGAGCAGAGAAUCGCCACCCGACAAGUCGCGAGGAUUUCGUCGGUCCGACUCCCCACCCGAGUUCUUACCCCCACAAGGGGUGGGCAUUAUCUUCAGAAGAGCCCUGUAA